CCGGCGGGCAGGCUCCCGUUCGAACGGCGGUGUUCCCGGCGAGACGAUGUUGACCUCGCGCUCCUUCCUGAAGCGCACGCGCGGCGGCUCAGUCCUCAAGGUGGUCCGCGAGCACUACCUGCGCGACGACGUGGCCUGCGGGGUGCCGGGCUGCCCGCUCUGCGGCGGGGAGGCCCCCCAGCGCGGCCUCGAGGCCUCCCCAAACUCCCCCGCCAGCCCGCUCGCCCCGCGGCCCCACUAUCUGCUCUUGGACACCAACGUGGUGCUGCACCAGAUCGACGUGCUGGAAGAUGCAGCCAUUGGGAAUGCCAUCGUCCCUCAGACAGUCCUGCAGGAGGUGCGGAAGCGCAGCGCAGCCGUCUACGGGCGCAUCAAGGACGCCAUUGCUGCCCCCGAGAAGCACUUCUACGCCUUCACCAAUGAGCAUCACAAGGACACCUACAUAGAACAAGAACGAGGAGAAAAUGCAAACGACCGCAACGACCGAGCCAUUCGGGUAGCAGCCAAGUGGUAUCAGGAACACUUGAGAAAAUCACAAGGGGAAGAAAGCAUCCUGGUCAUCUUGCUCACCAAUGACCGCAAAAAUAAAGAGAAAGCUGUAGAGGAUGGAAUAACCACAUUUACCUGCGAAGAGUAUGUAAAGAGCCUAACUGGCUAUCCCGAGCUUAUGGAUCGCCUUGCCUGCCUAAACGAUGAAGAGAAUGAAAUUGAAAGCAGCAAGAUCAUUUUCCCGGAGCAUCUCCCGCUCAGCAAACUGCAGCAGGGCAUUAAGUCCGGCCUUUACCUUCAGGGCACCUUCAGAGCCAGCAGAGACAAUUACUUGGAAGCCACAGUUUGGAUUCACGGCAACGACCAAGAAAGAGAGAUAAUAAUACAAGGGCUGAAACACUUAAAUCGUGCUGUGCAUGAGGAUAUUGUAGCCGUGGAGUUGCUGUCCAAGGAUGCCUGGACUGCUCCAUCUUCUGUGGUUCUGCUUGACGAUGAGACCAAGAAUGAAGAAGAAGAUACUGAAAAAGAGGAGGAAGAUCAAAACAAGCCGAAGACUUCAGUGAACACGGCCAUGCUACGACCCACAGGCAAAGUUGUGGGGAUUAUUAAAAGGAACUGGAGGCCGUAUUGUGGCAUGCUGUCUAAAUCACACAUUAAAGAGGCCAGGCGGCAUUUAUUCACGCCAGCUGAACGAAGAAUACCUCGAAUACGUAUAGAAACCAGGCAAGCUUCUAUCCUCGAAGGGCAAAGAAUCAUUGUGGCUAUUGAUGGGUGGCCUAAAACAUCCCGGUAUCCUAAUGGACAUUUUGUAAAAAAAUUGGGAGCAGCUGGUGAUAAGGAGACGGAGACCGAAGUCUUGCUACUUGAACAUGAUGUUCCUCAUCAGCCCUUCUCUCAAGCGGUUCUUAGUUUCCUACCCCAGAUGCCCUGGAGCAUCAGUGAUGAGGAUAUGAAGCAGAGAGAGGAUUUGAGGCAACUGUGUGUGUGCAGCGUGGAUCCUCCUGGGUGUACCGAUAUCGACGAUGCGUUGCACUGCAGGGAGCUGGAAAACGGAAAUCUGGAGGUUGGGGUGCACAUUGCAGACGUCAGCCACUUCAUCCGACCAGGAAAUGCUCUAGACCAAGAAUCGGCCAAAAGGGGCACCACCGUGUAUUUGUGUGAAAAGAGAAUUGAUAUGGUUCCCGACCUGCUGAGUUCCAACUUGUGUUCGCUGAGAUCCAAUGUGGACAGGUUUGCCUUUUCGUGUAUUUGGGAAAUGAAUCAGAAUGCUGAAAUCUUGGCGACUAGAUUUACAAAAAGUGUCAUUAAUUCCAAGGCUUCGCUUACCUAUGCGGAGGCCCAAAUGAAAAUAGACUCUGCCACGUUGAAGGAUGACAUUACCACGAGUCUCCGUGGCCUGAACAGGUUGGCCAAAAUCCUUAAGAAACGUCGGCGAGAAAAAGGAGCUUUAACUCUUUCUUCACCCGAGGUUCGAUUCCACAUCGAUAGCGAAACCCACGAUCCGAUUGAUUUGCAGACGAAGGAACUCAAAGAGACCAACUCCAUGGUGGAAGAGUUUAUGCUGCUGGCUAACAUCUCCGUUGCCCAAAAGAUCAACCAGGAAUUCUCAGAGCACGCCUUGCUGAGGAAGCAUCCGGCUCCCCCACCCUCCAAUUACGACAUCCUGGUGAAGGCCGCCAAGUCUAAGGGUUUGGAAAUCAAGACCGAUUCUGCAAAAUCCUUGGCCGACUCCCUUGACAAAGCCGAGUCUCCUUCUUUCCCCUACCUGAACACCCUGUUGCGCAUCUUAGCCACCCGCUGCAUGAUGCAAGCCGUGUACUUUUGCUCUGGAAUGGACACUGACUUCCACCAUUAUGGCUUAGCGUCACCCAUAUAUACGCACUUCACCUCUCCAAUCAGGAGGUACGCAGAUAUUAUAGUACAUCGACUCCUGGCUGUGGCUAUUGGAGUGGACAGUACUUACCCUGACCUCACUGACAAACAUAAAUUGGCAGAUUUGUGCAAAAAUCUCAAUUUUCGGCACAAAAUGGCUCAGUACGCUCAGAGGGCUUCCAUUGCUUUCCAUACCCAGUUGUUUUUCAAAAACAAGGGUGAGGUCAGUGAAGAGGCCUACAUCCUGUUCGUCAGGAAGAAUGCCAUUGUGGUUCUAAUUCCCAAAUACGGUUUAGAAGGCACCGUUUUCUUUGAAGAAAAGCCCAAGACAAAUGAAAGACUCGUCUUCAACGAUGAGAUUCCUUCUCUCACCGUGGAAGGCACAACUUUCUGCACCUUUGACAAGGUUAAAGUGAGCAUCGUGCUGGAUUCUUCCAACGUUCAGCAUCAGAAAAUCCGGAUGUCACUGGUGGAGCCCAAGAUAUUAGGAUAUUCCAGAGAUGCUACACAGUCAAGUGGCAAUGAAGAACCAGAAAUGAAAAAGAAAAAGCUGAAAAAGAAAUGAAUUAAUGUUAUUUGGUUGGGAGAUAAAUUAUAUUCAGGGGGAGGGGGGAGAAAAAGCAGGAUCUUUUUUAUACUUGUAGAAAAGACUUUUAAAAUAAUUAACAUUUGCCCAUUUUUAAAACCACCCGAUAAAUAAUACAACUGUGUGCUCCUAUGUCUUAUUAAGGAAUCCAACCAAAACUGAACUUCUGGGUCUUUCUCCAAAAGCAGGAAAGAACACAAUUAUUUUAAAAUAUUGUUAAUUAAAAGUAAAUACAGGUUUUGUCAAUUUAGAACUGCAUUCCAGCUUUUUCAUUUGGAUGCACCUUUUAAUUUGUCAGCAAAACAAAGCUAGUUUCUGAAAUCUUUUAAACCAUUUUUCAGUCUCUUGGUCUAUCUUUGUUUUAAAAAAAAUGUGGUGCAAGGAAAAUGAUAAAUAGAUUGAUAACAAUCAGAGAUCAAAAGCAGAGAGCAGUCAGGAAAAGACAUAUUAAUGUCUACAUUUUCCAGGCUCCAAUGAGGUGGGUUUUUUUUUUGGUAUGGAUAUUUGAUGUUGAUUGUGAUUUGUGAUAUGAAGCUACUGCCAGAUAAAGCUAUUUUAAGAAGAGCACCUGCUUCUACUUUCUAAAAGAAAACAAGCAGAGCAGGAGAUGAAUUAGAAAGAAGCAUAAUCCCCAAAGGAUUAAGAGUUAAAAGUUGUAAGCUUCCGAUUCACAAUUUGCGCUUCGAGGUUUCUAAUCUGCACCUCUCGUUACAGAUAAAAAUUACCAAUCCCCAGUUACUUAAUUAACUUACUUAAUGAGCGCUGUAAAGAAAAUCCAGUUCCCAGCUAAUUAGGAGGGAUGGAUUAAACAGCCAAGGAAGAAAAGUUAAAAGUGAAGUUAAAUGGGAAAGUGCCUUACAAGAGAGUCUUUGCCAUGUAGCCUCAGAGCUUUUCCAUAGCACGGCUGAAAUAGAGCAAAAAAUAACUUUUCUAUGGAGAUGCUCAGUCAUCCAGACCAGGGUUCUUCGAGAUGCUUUUUCCAAGAGUCCUUUAGCCUUUCGGGUUUUUCUUUGAAAGACAUUUCACUUCUCAUUUCAUCUGAAGAAGCUUCUUGAUUGAGAAGCGAAAUGUCUUCAGAGAAAAACUAGAAAGUACAGUUGCCUCUUGGGAAAAAAAGGCACCUCCGAGAAAUAUAAUGUCCUAGCAAUUUUCAAAAUAGAGAUUAAAGAUUUAGGAUUUUGUGCAUGUGUUCAGUAGUUCCUGUAAAGGCUAAAAAUAA